UUGAGUGAAUGACAGUCUAGCAGUCAGUCUGUGCUCCGAUUGUUUGAAUCAAUACUUUCAAAGAGUUGUCUCAACUCUUCAAUGUAUUAAUCGAUUUGUUGAAAGACAUUUCGAUAUAUUUCUAUUAAUUUAUAUAUUAAUAGUAAUCAUAUUAUUGACAAUGUAUUCAUUUGAUGGUUAAAUUCAAGUCCAUAUACAGACAAUUAUACCAUGACUUCAUCAAUAGUAUUACAGUUGACAUCAGUGGUUGAGUCGGACGACAAUUUAAAUAAUAAUAAUACAAUUGGUUUUCAUCCGGUUGUCAUCAAUGGCAAGAAAUGUCGAUUCAAUUUGAAUACAAUUAAUGAAAACAUUAUUUGGGAACAGGAGUUGACCAACACUUAUAACAAUACGCGAACAACAAUCCCGUUAUCACAAGUGAUAUCAGUGCGGACGUGCUUUUGUCCGAAAAUCAAUACCAAGAAAUUGAUCUGCGAUUGUGUUGUAAACGAUAUCUUAAUAGACGAUCCAAUUGAACAUAAGGUGACAUUUGUUAAGUUAUAUUAUGCCAUUCCUAUGGGAAAACACGGUUGGAAAGUGGAAUUCCUUACCUUUCAAACUGAUCACACAUACACUGAUAGCGCUCUUUUCAAUUAUGUUAAAAGAAUACGUGAUAUUAUUGAUGGUUAUAAGAGACCGAAACGUUUACUCGUAUUUGUGAAUCCAUUCGGUGGUAACAGAAAAGGGCGCAAAAUAUAUGAGAAUAAAGUAUUUCCAAUCUUUAAAUUGGCGUCAAUUGAAGUGGACUGUGUUGUCACCGAACGGGCCAAUCACGCAAAAGACAUUAUACUUGACCCACAAAUUAGGAUUUCAAGCUAUGAUGGGUUAAUAAGUGUUGGAGGGGAUGGUAUGUUUGCCGAAUUGUUAAACGGGCUAUUGAUAAGAACACAGAGAGACAAUGGUAUUAAUUGGCACUCAGUUGAUAACAGUUUGAAACCAGCAAAAACAGUUUUGGGUGUAAUACCUGCCGGUUCUACAGACGCAGUUGCUUAUGGAACCACUGGAAUCAAUGAUCCCAUGACUUCUAGCAUUGCUAUUGUUUUAGGCAAACGACUGAAUAUUGAUGUCUGCGCUGUCCAUCACAGAGGAGAGGAAAAACUUAUCAGAUAUUCAACUUCAUUCUUAGGCUAUGGUUUUUUUGGUGAUACUAUAGCGGAUAGUGAAUCAAAUAGAUGGAUGGGACCUAAGAGGUAUGAUUGGGCCGGAAUUAAAAAGUUUAUUAGACAUAGACUUUAUUCCGGAGAAAUAAAACUUUGCAUUGAACCGAGUGAUGGCUCUCCAAAAGAUAACAUCAUUUGUACCAAUAAUUGUGAAAUAUGUGCGAAAGCAGUGCUGAAAAAGAGAGAUCAACUCAAUGAAGAUGAUUCUCCCGCUUGCAUAUCAAUACGCGGCAAAUUUCUAGCCAUUAAUGCGGCCACAAUGACCUGCCGGUGCAAAAUGACCAAAAACGGAAUCUCACCCAAAGCUCAUUUAGGCAAUGGCUGUACUGAUCUGAUUUUGGUUUCGCAGUGUUCAAGACUCGAGUAUUUAAAAUAUCUGUUACGCACUGCUAUGUCAUCUAAAAGCCCGUUUGAUCUCAACUUUGUUGAUGUUUAUCGAGUUCGUGAAUUUGAAUUCAAUCCGAUUGUUGGUCCCAACACUAUAUCUACAAAUAGGGCUCAAUUAAUGAACGCCAGUGUCUGGAACUGUGAUGGAGAAGUAGUGGAUGAGGCGGCCAUUCACGUCAAAGUGCACUGUCAGCUAAUCUCUGUAUUUGCCACAGGAAUCGAUGUUCAGGGAUAACUAAGUGCUAACUGUUCCACAAAUUGUAUUAUUUACUUUAUGACGGCUUAUAUUAAGACCUAAAAUAGUUUUUAUUUUUAUAUUUUAAAGUUUUUAAGUGUCGUUUUUAUUAAGUAUAAAACAAAUGACAAUUUUGAUUGGAUUUUAAUUAUUUUAU